GUUUGUUGUAGGCUCCACUAUGAUGGCAGCUGUAGGUUGACAUCGAAACAAUACUGAAUAUAAACUAUUUAAAAGUUCGCGGAAACCCCCCGACACAACAACGUGGAACAAAAUUAACAGUUUUCAGAUAGUACACACUUAAAACACACACCUGCCCGGUCUGGGGAACGCAGGUAACGUGAAGUAGCCCAGCUGAAAGGAAGCAGAAACCGCCCUGAGAUUGAUGGCACUAUGCCCGCAGCUACUGUGGAUCACAGCCAAAGAAUAUGUGAGGUUUGGGCCAACAACCUGGAGGAGGAGCUGAAGAGGAUCCGACAUGUCAUCCGAAAAUACAACUACAUUGCUAUGGACACAGAGUUUCCAGGUGUAGUAGCCAGACCAAUUGGAGAGUUCAGGAGCAACGCUGACUAUCAGUACCAGUUACUGCGCUGCAAUGUGGAUUUGCUCAAGAUAAUCCAGCUUGGCCUCACGUUUAUGAACGAACAAGGGGAAUACCCUCCUGGAACAUCGACAUGGCAGUUCAACUUUAAGUUUAACCUCACAGAAGAUAUGUAUGCACAGGACUCCAUUGAGCUCUUGACCACUUCAGGGAUUCAGUUCAAGAAGCACGAGGACGAAGGCAUCGAGACGCUGUACUUUGCAGAGCUGCUGAUGACAUCAGGAGUUGUGCUCUGUGAUGGAGUCAAGUGGCUGUCUUUUCACAGUGGCUAUGACUUUGGAUACCUGAUCAAGAUUCUGUCCAACGCUAACCUGCCUGAAGAGGAGGUGGACUUCUUUGAGAUUCUUCGCUUGUACUUUCCAGUCAUAUAUGAUGUUAAGUACCUCAUGAAGAGCUGUAAAAACCUGAAGGGCGGGCUGCAGGAAGUAGCUGAGCAACUGGAGCUGGAGAGGAUCGGCCCACAGCACCAGGCUGGCUCUGACUCUUUACUCACAGGCAUGGCUUUCUUCAAGAUGAGAGAGAUGUUCUUCGAGGAUCACAUCGAUGAUGCAAAGUACUGUGGUCACUUGUAUGGGCUCGGCUCCGGCUCGGCCUACGUCCAGAACGGAACAGGGAACGCUUACGAAGAGGAGGCCAACAAGCAGCAGUCGUGACAUCACUGAAACACUCCCAUCCUGCAGUUCACAUGCACAAUCAGUGCGGCGCUGAAGCCAGGCUUCGCCAACCGGAUGAUAAUAACAGAAGAACACAAAACAUACACACGUCAUUUAGAAAGCUGUUUCUCAUAGUCACCUUUAGACAACUGAUUAUGAUGAUCAAAACAAAACAAAAAAAAUCACAGCUGUCCUCACACAUGCCCCUGCUGGCUGCGCGUGUGUGUGUUCGCGUGUGUGAGUUUAGUCUUUUAUUCCUAUGAAGCGGUAGAGAAGGUCUGAUUGGAUCAUUUAACAUGCUUGAAAAUAUGGGAUUUUAGUUUUCCUAAAAUGUUCUGUAGAAAUGUUUUGCACUUUAAAGCUCUAACCUGAUUUUAUAUGGGAAAGCUGAAAAAGUUUCUGGUGUCUCUCCUCUUUGUUGCCUUCUCUCCGUUCCCAUUUUACAUUGUGAACGUGCAAAUCUUUAUUAUCACAACACCCGAUCUCACCACGCUCAGCCUUAAUAUUCGCUGCAUUUCGUAUCUUUUAAACUUUAAGUUAUUGUGCUGGUUAUCUGACAUUGAAUAGACGCCCCAUUCAACACUACGUCAGUACACCUGCCCUCUUUCAUUGGAUUUCUGGUAUGAUAAUGAGAAAGGGAGCUCUCAGUGAGUCUGUUUACUUGCACAUGAAUAUCUCAUUGAGGGUUGUUUUUCCACUUGUACAUAUAAAGAUAAUGUUUAUAAUGACCUGAAUAAGCUCUAAUCCCACUGUGAGAAGCCUCUAACAAGCUGGUGUAUUCUGCUUAUAAGUAGAUGGGAUACUUAAGAUAACAAGUGAACACCAUUUCCUCCGAACUAUUAGUUGCUGUUGUCCUUUUUUGUGUUUAUGAUAAUGCUCCGAGUAGUGGCAUACAAGGAUAUAUAGAGUAUGUACUAGAUGCAUACUUUCCAUUGGAGGAAUGUGGAUUAUUUGUGCAUGUAAACACCCUCAUUGAUGCAAGCACACAUGAACACAGGUGCAUCGCCUCUCCACGUGGUCGUUCAACCAAAUUCACCAGACCUUUAAAAAAAAAAAGGUUCGCUUGCUGCAAGACAUGCUGAGGUUAACCUGAAUUACUCUGUUUAGAGUAAAUUUUCAUUUUUAAUUGAUAUUAAGGUUAUGUAGUUUUAGUGUUGUAAUAAAAGAAGAAAAAAAAACAUUUUCUCAUUGGACAAAAAAAAUAACGUUGCCUUUUAAAAAGCAUCUUUUUGUUCCAGUGGAGUUCAUUUCACUUGCAGUUCUGGCCUUUGAAUGACAUUUUUGUGCUUAAAAAAAACAAACAAAUAUAUUUGUUUUUGAAUUGCUUUCCAGUCAAGUCAUGCUGCGUAGAACAGCCGCAUGUACUAAAACGUUUGAAUAAAUGCUGUGUUGUUAAAUAGUAUCCUGAUCUUCCAUAGGUUUGUGUUGAAGCGUAGGUUCACAACUUAUUAACCUCCUUCGGUGUCAAAAAAAACGAUAACUGAAACACUUUCAACAAUUUCUUUUUGCAGCACAUUUUUCAUAUUGUAAAGGAGUAAAAGAAGAAUAUGCAAUAUAUAAGGAUUGUUUUUAGAUUAUUUUGUAAAUAAAGGCUUAAAACUUUUCUACCAUAAAA